CUUGUUCGUCCACCAUCUUGGCCGAAGUUGCCACAAAAGUAAAAUCACGGAAAAAACUACCCGAUCUCGCAAAAAAUAAGUGUUGACUAUUGUGGAAAAAAAGACCAGAGAACAGAAGUCCGCCAAAAAGAAGUUGCCAAAAGCAGGCGAAGAUUGGAAUACCGAUUUUAGCUGCCCAAACGCUUCUGAAUCCACAUCCACCUUCGUUUCCAGCGGAGCGAAAGAGAGAGAACGCGUGGAAAGAGGCGCCGACAAGGAGGAGCCGUCAGCCGUUGUGAGAAAAGGGCAACAUGAACGCCAAGCGUGUCAAGUACUCGACGGUGAAGGAGGAAAUCGAGCCCGUGCUCAUUCAGCACGAUCCCGAUGUAGAGGAGGAGGAGGCGGAGGAAGAAGAGCACCAUGUCCUGCAGGAGCACGAGGACGACGGCCAGGAGACGCAGUACACUUACGCCUACACCACCGGUGAGGACGACGACACCGAGACCGCUGUGGUGACCCUCAGCGAUCGGGAGCACGAAGCAUUGACCAAUGCCCAGGAGGUGAUCAUUGAUGAGAACGGCCAUGCGGUGACCCUGCAGCAGCUGGUCGAGAACAGCACCGUCGAGGAGGUGGAGACCAUCGAGCAAGGCGAUGGCACCCACACCAUCCUGCGUAUAGUGCCCAACAUCCAUGGCGAGGACGAGGAGGAGCCCGAAGAGGAGGAGGAACUCGAGGAGGGCGAGGAGCUCGAGCACGAGGACGAUGAAAUCGUAGCCGUGGAGCACGAUGAGGGCGAUGUUGAAGAGGAGGAAGACGAGGUGGGCUCCAUAGUCUUUGAGGGCACCAUUGACCAAGCGGAGCAGGAUCCGCACGCCCGCAAUAAGACCUUCUACUGUCCCAACUGCGGCAAUUGCUACAGUGCCGCCGGUUCCCUGAAGCUUCACAUGCGCGCCUGCUUGCGCCAAAGGAACGAGGUAUCUGCCGAGGACCGCAAGUGUAAGGUCUGCAGCAAGGUCUUUAAUUCGGUGGCCUACUUAAAAGAGCACAUGAUGCGUCAUACGGGCGAGCAGUCGUUCCGCUGCACUCGAUGCUAUCGCAAGUUCAUUGAGGAGGCCAAGUACACCGCCCACAUGGAGUCGCACAAGAACCAGGACAAGCUGGAGGCCGAGGCAAUGGCCCUGGCCGCCCAACACGGCGGCAAGAAGGUGGUUGUCAAGGAGUUCCAAUGCGCCUUCUGCUCCCAGAACUUCACAGUGGUCUUUGAAGUGGGCCAGGUGAAGCGUCGCUACGCCUGCGAUGCCUGCCGCGACAAGUAUUCGAACGCGGAGGCUCUGCGUCAGCACAAACAGCAGGUGGUGGAGAAGCGCGAGUUCAGCUGCGAGCGCUGCAGCCGGAAGUUCGUCUUUGAGGGCUUCCUGCAGCGCCAUCUGCCCACCUGUGAUGGCAGCAUCAAGCGUCGCAGGGACAUGAAGUAGAGGCGGCCUCAACGUGACGGCAACUGGCGGCACCGGCAGCAGCUGGAGAUAGAUAGAUACGAGCGGGAGGAGCAGCAAAACGAGCAGGAGUCGCCGCCGCCAGUGCGUUACGUUGUUAUCAAGCAGGAGGAUGUGGGGCAAUAGGAUCACCGGGAUCACUUGGAGGAUAAAUAUAAACCGCCAGGACCACUUAAAUCAUAACGUGAGGGAGUAGCUACUGGCCAUCUACAGCUUGACAAAACACCAUAAGCAUAUGCUUUUUUUUCGGGGCCUAAGCAGAAACAUUCUUUCUUUAACCAAUUCCAGAGGAGAGCGUCCAUUUUGUUUACCUACAUGAAUACCCUAUACAUUUGUUAUGAUUUCAUGGCCAGCUGGCUUUGAAGGAUGCGUGAUUUAGAGGAAGACGCACGUUGGACACACAUACGGAAGGCGAUUAUGGCCAAUGUAUAGAUAUAUAUUACUUACUUUUAAUUACGACUACUUAAUAAUAGAGCCCAAAAUCACCCGCUAUUGUGUAAUAACCCCAAACCGAAAUGCUGGUACACAAACGCGCGUCAAAUUGAUCUUGAAUUUAAUAAAUCAAUAAAACAAGA